AUGGAAUUCCUGAGCAAUAUAUAUGAUAAGGUGUUAUCUGGUUAUAUAUUUACUGAUGUAUUUAUAUAUAAAGAUUGGCCAGAGAAAUUUUUAGGGAAGAAUAUAAAUAGUAAGAAUGAUGGGAAUAAUACAAAUGAGAACCAAGAAAAUAUAAAAGAACACCUAGAAGAAGUGUUAGGUACUUUUAUGAAGAAUGGAAAAAUAUCGGAUUCUCUGUGGAUUAAGGAUAAAAUAUUUAUAGGAGAUGAAGGUAUUUAUAUAUUAGGUGAAAUUUUAACUAUUUGUCAAAUAGUUGAAUUUGUAGAUUCUGAAGAUAUAGAAAAUGUAAAAUCAAAUGAACAAUUUAAGCAACAAAUUAUUGAAAAGAUGAAAAGAAAAAUUAUUAAAAAGAGAAAUAGUGAUAUGAUUGAGCAGAGGAUAAAUUCUAAUAUUGUUAUAUGUAAUAGUAACACUUCUGACGUCCAACAGGAUCAUGAUAAAAAUCAAGAUAAUAUAAAUAAUUGUAAUGAUAAAAAUAAUGAUGAUAAUAUAAAUAAUUAUAAUGAUAAAAAUAACGGUGAUAAUAUAAAUAAUUGUAAUGAUAAAAAUAACUGUGAUAAUAAGAGUACUUAUUAUAAUAAAAAUUUUCGUGACAAUAAUUAUAAUAAUAAUGAUGAUAGUUUUUAUAAUUAUGAUACACAUGAAGAUAAUGUAUCAAACCCAUCAAUAUAUAAAGAUAAUAUUAAAUCAAAGAAUAAAGACGUCGUAUCUAAUUUUGUAGAAAUGUUAUGUGAAGGAAAAAUGAAUAAAUAUGGUUUUUGUGAAUAUGAUCAAAAUUUUAAUGAUAGAUAUCAUUUAAAUGAUAGUAACGCUGAUGGGAAAUCUACUUAUCCAUUAGAAAAAUGUAUUUUACCCUUUGCUGAAGAUUAUUGUUUUAAGUAUGUAUGCUUAUUAUUAAAUAAUGGUGGAAAAAGAGAAGUACGUAUUUUACGUUUUAAUAAAGAUAAUAUUAAUACAAAUAAAUUAUUAGAUACAUUAAAAGGAACUGUUACCUUCUUAAAUGAAUUAAGAUAUUUGUUUAAAUCUUUUAGAUCUCAAGUGGUUUUAAAAAAUAGAAUCAAUAAAGAAUUCUGCGCAUAUAUUAAAUUCCAUAGAGGAGACCCCAACUUUAGUGGUAGUAAAGCUGUCAAUGAAUUUUUUAAUUCUUUGAACGAUAAAGCUGUUAAUUCUUUAUUUUUUGGUUUAAAUGAAGAAUAUUUAAAUUUAUUAGAAGAAGCUAUAUCUUAUUGUCCUAUAGCUACUUAUGCAUUUUAUAAGAAUAUCAAAUUGCUUGAAAAAUUAAAUGUGAAUACAACAAGACGUACAUGGAAGUGUGUAUGUGGCUUACAAAAGUUAUAUAAAAAUUUAAAAAGAGCAAAAAAUAAAUUUGCUGUCGAACAACAAAAGGAAGUUUCCAAUGCAUCAUUUCAUAAUAUGUCUUCUAUAUAUAAAAACAAUGUAAUCAAAAACCAAGGUACCUUUCCCUCAGGUAAUGAAAAAUCAACAGACAUGCAUACUCAUUCUGUUGACAAAAGUAAUUAUAUAUCCCUUUAUAAGGAUAUAUCAAUAAAUAACAUGGAAAAAAAAAUUCCUAUAAAUAAUACUAGUAGUAAUAUUAACUCUUUUUAUAGUGUUAAUAAGAGUAAUAAUAGUACACCUGCUGGUGUAAUCAAAGUAAAAAAUAGUAAUAAUGUUAACAAUUCUAAUAAUACAGGCAAUAGUCAGAAUUUAUUUUCUGAUGACGAACAUAAUUAUAAUAGUACAUAUAUAAAUAAUAAUAAAAAUAAUAUUAAUUCAUUUGAAUUAUCAUGUAAUGAUGAUAAAAUAUCUAAAAGUCAAGAUAUUCAUAUAUUAAAUGAUACAUAUUUAUAUGUUACCUCAGAUGAAGAAGGUUUUGAACAAGGACGAAAGAACAUGAAUAAUACAAACGAAAACAAAAGUCAUAAUAAUAAUAAUAAUAAUAAUAAUAAUAAUAAUAAUAAUUAUAGUGCUAAUAAACAGUUCUGUUCUAGUAAUAGAACUAUCGAUGAUAAUAAUAAAACCCUAAUUGAUGAACAACAUAAUACAUUAUUUUUUCAUGAUGAUCAUUGCCAUAAUGACAAUGAUAAUGAUGAUGAUGAUGAUAAUUAUAAAACUAUGGAUGGAUAUGAAGAGAAGUAUAUAAACGAGAAUGUAAUUGUAAGAGAAAAUUCUGUAGAUGAUUUAAGAGUACAUAUGGUAAAAUUAUUUAAAACUUAUGGUGGUCAAUGUCGUAUUGGGAAAGUAAAAGGUAGAUGUGAAGAUGCAACCUUUCAAACAGAUGUACCUCCAGCUUUUGGUAUUUUUGAUGGUGUAGGAUCAUGGAGUUUAGAAGGUAUUGAUGCAUCUAAAUUUUCUAUUGGAUUAUCAUUAGCAUGUCAAAGAGAAGCAGAAAAAUUAUCUAAAAAUUUAAAUGGAUAUGCAAAAGUAUCAUAUAAUACUAUAACAAGAUCUAAGUUAUUAUUAAAAAAUUCUCUUGAAAGUGUAAAAAAAGAAUAUGCUGAUGCAUAUGGUAGCUCAACAGCUAUUGUUGGUAUAUUAGAUGAAUAUACUGGAAAAUGUGGUAUCUCAUCUUUAGGUGAUAGUGUUUGUAUGAUAUUAAGAAGAGAAUUUUUACCUGGUGAUAUUAAUUUUGAAAGAGAAUCGUAUCCCAAAUUUGCUGCAGAAUCUUUUCUUUAUUAUAAUGUGAAAGGAAGAAAUCCAUCUAUAAUUAGAAAAAUUAUAUGGAAAACUACAGAUCAGAAAUGGGAAAAUGGUGCUCCUUAUCAAUUAUCAAAUUUACCUGAUAGAAGUCAAUGGAAAGAUUUAGAAAAUAGAGGAUUACAUAGUUUUGUUAAAAUAUUAGAAAAAGUAGAUAUUGAUGGAGAUUCACCUGAUAUGGCAUUAACACCUCCUUCCGAAAUUUUAUGUAUGCCUGGUGAUUUAAUAUUAUUAAUGAGUGAUGGUGUAAGUGAUAAUUUAUUUGAUGAAGAAAUUGAAGCCUAUUGUACUUUUGCAAUAAGCCCAGAAGAAGCUUGUGAGUUUGGUGAACCAGCACUUUAUACACCUGCACAGGAUAUAGCAUAUUCCAUCACUAAUAUUGCCAAACGAAGAAGUGGCGACAAACUACAUUGUAGACCAUUUUUCCCAUUUGUUGGAAAACAAAAAGACCCUAAUCAUAUAUAUAAAGGAAAUAAAGUUGAUGAUAUAUCUUGUGUAGCUAUUUGGGUAGUAUGUGAAAAUGAAGAAAGUGUUAAACAUAUAGCUAGAUAUCCUAAUGAACCAUCUAUAUUAAAAACUGAUAAAUUCUAUACAAAUAAUUAUUUUCAAAAUUUUAAUAAAAUUACAGAUAUAUGUACACCAACCAAAACAUAUAUUAAAGAGAAAAAUAAAAUUGAUCGUGUUAAUCUUCAACAAGUUAAUGUCCAUUCACAAAGAAGAUUAAUGCAACAACCAGGAUAUGAUCCUCAAAAUUCUAGUGUUAAUAAUUUGGAAACGCACUUCUCUAUGAAUUUUUUUGAUUCAUCAGAGACACCAAUUAAAUUUAAUACCUUAGAUGAAGGUAAAUAUCAAGAUUUGAGUGACAUUGUUUUGAAAGAUGUUGAUGAUGAAGAAAAUGAUGAUCAUCAAGAACAAGACGAACAAAAUAAAGAAUAUCAUCAUGAUGAAGACUUGUAUCAAUAUGACGAAAAAACACAAAAUAAUAAAAAUUUUAAAAAUGAUAUGGGAUAUGAUAAUAUGAAAAAUUCACCAAAAAAAUCAAAUCAAUUAGAUAUGAGUAAUAUGGAUUCAAUGAAAACACCCAAUAGUAAAAAUUCAAAACAUACAUUUAAAGAUAAAGUUUUUGAUACCUAUAAUUUCGAUUCAACCCCCAGACAAAGGGUUUCUGAUGAACAUUUAAAUGAACAUAUAGAAAAAAUUAAUAAUAUGUAUAUAAAAACACCCAUAUUAUAUAUAGAUGAAGAGUUCAAAGAUAAUAAAGAUGAUAAUGUCAAAAAAAAUAAAAAUAAUAAAUCAAAAUUUAAUAAAAAAGAGGAAGCAAAUAUACUAGGUGUACAUAAUGAAACUCCUGUAAAACAAAUGAACACAAACAAAAAUAAAACACCUACAAAUAUUAUUAGUCAAAAGAAUAUUAUCAAUAAAUUUAUUAAUAAUGAAACACCUAUAAAAUCAUUUAAUAAUAAAGAAACUUCAUUAAAAGUAGAUAAAAAAAUUACAAAAAGUAAAAGAAAAUCUAUAUUCCCUUCAGACAAAAAAGAUUCACCUACCAAAUUAGGUUAUACAAGAAAACGUAGUAAAAAGUCGUAA